AUGUUGGAAGAAUUAAAUCUCUCCCAAUGCCAGAAGCUGCAUGAGAUUGAGGAUCUUAAGGGUUUGAAAUCCUUGAAGACGCUUGACCUAUCAUAUUGUACGACCUUGGAGAGGUUACCUGAUCUAUUGAACUCGGAAAUGUUGGAAGAAUUAAAUCUCUCCCAGUGCCAGAAGCUACAUGAGAUCGAGGGUCUUAAGGGUUUGAAAUCCUUGAAGACACUCGACCUAUCAUAUUGCACGACCUUGGAGAGGGUGAGAGUUGUUACAUUACCUGAUCUAUCGAACUCGGAAAUGUUGGAAGAAUUAAAUCUCUCCCAGUGCCGGAAGCUACAUGAGAUUGAGGGUCUUAAGGGUUUGAAAUCCUUGAAGACACUCAACUUAUCAUAUUGCAUAGCCUUGGAGAAGUUACCUGAUCUAUCGAACUCGGAAAUGCUGAAAGAAUUAAACCUCUUCCGGUGCCUGAAGUUACAUCAGUUUGCGGGUCUGAAAUCCCUGGAGAUGCUGGACUUGCCGUGUUGCACAGCCUUGGAGAGAUCACUUGAUCUAUCGAACUCGAAAAUGCUGAAAAAAUUAAAGAUCGCCCAAUGCCCGAAGCUACAUGAGAUUGAGGGUCUUGAGAGUUUAAAAUCCUUGAAGACACUGGACUUGUCAUAUUGCACAGCCUUGGAGAGGUUACCUGAUCUAUCGAACUCGGAAAUGCUAGAAGAAUUAAAUCUCUUCUAG